AUGGCUUCAAAGUUCAUCAAAUGUGUAACUGUUGGUGAUGGUGCUGUUGGUAAAACCUGUAUGCUCAUCUGCUACACCAGCAACAAGUUCCCUACUGACUACGUACCAACAGUUUUUGACAACUUUAGUGCAAACGUUGUAGUUGAAGGCACCACUGUGAACUUAGGUCUAUGGGAUACUGCUGGGCAAGAAGACUAUAACAGAUUAAGGCCUUUAAGUUACAGAGGAGCAGAUGUUUUCGUAUUGUCAUUCUCAUUAAUCAGCAGAGCUAGCUACGAGAAUGUUUUUAAAAAGUGGAUCCCUGAGCUCCAGCACUUUGCACCAGGAGUUCCAUUAGUUCUUGUCGGUACCAAAUUAGAUCUACGUGAAGAUAAGCAUUAUCUGGCUGACCAUCCUGGACUAUCCCCUGUGACUACUGCACAGGGAGAGGAACUGCGUAAGCUAAUAGGUGCAACAUAUUACAUUGAAUGUAGCUCAAAAACUCAACAGAAUGUGAAAGCAGUUUUUGAUUCAGCAAUCAAGGAAGUGAUCAAACCAGUGGUUAAACAGAAGGAGAAGAGCAAGAAAAAGAAGAAGCAACAGUCCAAUCACGGAUGUUUAUCAAACGUUCUCUGUGGGAGGAUAGUUACUCGGCAUUGAUGUUUUAGAGUUCUACUUUUGAGUUUUGUAUGAUAAAUGAGGAACACAUUAUAUAUUAUAUUGAAUCAUGUAAGAGAGAGAUAAGAGAGCUUUACUAUAUAUAGUCAACUCAAUUAUGUUUAUUCGUUACAAACCUGUCAUUGCAAUAUAUCAUCAGCCAUUUUGUUGCAACAGAGAGUAAAAGUUCACUUGUUCAACCAUAAUAACUACCACAAGUAGAACAAUCUAGAAAAGAGUUGUGCUGACUAUAUAAUACAAACCAUGGCAAAUUUUUAUCUCUCAGUCUCAUACCAAGUACCAACAAUGCUUUUAAGGACCAUCACCAUCAUUUUUUUUCUUCUUACAAGAAAACUAAAAAAAACACAAACUAAACACUCUUGUCUUGCCUUUUCAGUUCA